GAGCUGAAGCUUAGAAGAUAAGGUGGCUCAACUGCUUGAGGGUGUGAGGUCUCUGAUGUCUCACAGAUGGAUGGUUCAAGCGAGAAGAAAUUGGAACUCUUUGAUGUCGGGCAGUGCGAAGAAGCCUACCAAAUGGGAUUCCUCAUAGGGCAGAGAUUCUCAGAUCUGAUUCAAAGCAGGGUGGCCACUGACCCCAUCCUUCAACAGCAGCUCCUCCCUUUCGCCCGCACCGCAGAGGCUCAGCCGCUGGUUGAAGCACUCUGCACUGCUAAUAGACAGAUGUUUCCGAGAUACUGGGAUGAAAUGUUAGGAACAGCUGCAGGAAGCGGCAUCCCAAUUCUCCAAAUAAUAUUGCUAAAUUUUAGAAAGGAAAUACUUCCCUUUCUUCUGAAGAAAGAGGCCACUCCAGAAGAGGUCACUGAUGAGGACUGUUCAGAUGUUCUUGUUGUAAAUGACUCCAUGGCCAUUGCUGCACACAAUGAAGAUGCAACUGUAGCUUUAAUUGGUCGCACCUAUCUGGUGAGGGCCACACUGUCGAAUGGAGUAACGUUCACUGCUUACACUUACGCAGGGGAGCUUCCAACCUGUGCAUUUGGCUUCAACAGCUGUGGCUUGGCAUUCACACUUAAUUCAGUACCUCCAACACGAGAGGAAAUCAGUGCAGGAGGUAUCGGACGUAAUUUUAUAUCACGAGAUCUUCUGGAAGCCACUGGCCUUGGUGAUGCCUUGAAUAGAAUUCAUUCAUCCAAUGCUUCUGUUGGCCACAGCUAUAACUUGAUGGAUGCUAGGAGUCGCAGGAUUUUAAAUGUAGAAACAGCAUCUGGCAACCGCUGUUCGGUUCAUGAGGUUGGAAGAACACCUUUCUUCCAUGCAAACAUGUACCUCCACCUACAAGUACAGCAGGUACAAGAUGAGAACUCUAUCAGCAGACACAACAGGGCAGCUCAACUUUCAGCAGACUCAAAAGCAAAAGUACUCUCAAUUCUUGGAGAUUCUGUGGAUAAAAAAUAUCCCAUCUACAUGACAGGUCCAACAUUAUAUACUCUUUGCACAGCACUGAUUGAUCUGGAUGAACAAACAAUCACCAUAUAUGAAGGCAACCCAGAGAAAGAAAUUGUUUCUUAUGCUCUUCCGCUAUUCUAGUAGAAGAAGCUCUUGCUAGCAACAAUGAAAUUAUUUAUCUGACUGCUGCUGAGAACUCAAAAUUUAUACUGUAUUGGGAUUUUAAUCUGGUUUUACAGAUAGAGCCGAUUCUAAUAGAGUAAGGAUUAGGUUGGAUCUAAUACAGUUGAGAUUAGAUCUGGUCGCAAGUCAACCCGACCUACUUGCACACAGGUCUAAGCUGCAUGAUAUAGAAGCCUUCACAUCUUGGCAUAGAAUGUUCUAGUUUUUAUUUUUCUAAUUUGACUAUUUUUCUUUUUAAUAAUAAGUGCCAUCAUAUUGUCAUGAGAGGGGUGCAAACUGGCAAGAUCAGCUGCGAAAUUGAUUUGGUGAAUUGAAUGAUCAUAGUUAAGCA